UGAGGAAAUGAAGUGGAGCAACCGAGUGAAUACACCCCUUUAUUGCCUUGCAAAUAUCACUCUGCCGCAAACACAGAGUACUUUGCCCAGACAUAUCAGCUCAACACUGGCCUGCAUUUACCACUCUGACAGCUGAUGUUGGACUGAACUCGUCUGAAGAUUUCCUUUUUUUGUUCGAAGCUGCGUUUUGCUGUUUUGACCAGGAAACAGUGCUGCUAUGGCUGACGAACAUUCUCAGCCACCUCCCGCUGUUGCGGCCUCUAAGCUUGACCAAGUGCAAGGUCAGGUAAAUGAGGUUAAAGUUAUUCUGACAGACAACAUCAACAAAGUGCUGGAGAGAGGCGACAGAUUAGAUGAUCUGAUUGGCAAGACGGAUGACCUGCAGGCAUCUGCUGACUCAUUCCAGAGAACAUCCACGAGGGUGGCCAGAAAAUACUGGUGGAAAAAUGUUAAAAUGAUGAUCCUAAUCGGUGUGAUUGUGCUGAUCAUCAUCAUCCUCAUCAUCCUUGCUGCCACAAAAGUUAUAUAAAUUCCACGUUUACCCACUCAAGGCUGAAAGCUACAAACAUGGCGCUUACUGGCAUUUGAAUUGCUCUUGCAAGUGAUCACUUCAGCUUAAGCAAAGACAUGUAAAUUCAAAGGGCUAAUGACUGUUGAUUAUGUUAUUUUGUGACAACAUAAUGUGAAAAAGAAAUUGAGAGCAGCAGAGAUUGAAGUGAUAUCAAGUUAGCUGAAAUACUUUAACACUCCAACAGUCUUACACGUGUGACAUAAAACCACUCUAUUAAUGGAACAGAAAUUCAAAUGAGUGUUUAUUUUUAUUUGUCGCAUUUCUUCAUGUCCAAUACACUGUAUAUAUAUUGUAUGUUUAUGACUGUCAAACUCUGUAAUAACAUAUUUAAUACAUGACUGAUGACUAAAGAUAAUAAAUUGUAAUAACACAUUUUGUAUCUUUGCUACCACA